AUGGCCACCGUCUAUGCCAUAGGAUCUAACGGCUCCGGCCAGCUAGGAAUCGGCCACAAAGAAGACGUGUCUGUCCCAAAACAAGUACUAUUUGAUGACGAAAACAUUGGACCCAUCUCUGAAGUCAAAGCUGGAGGCAACCACACUCUACUGCUAUCUUCUGGAAGCCUUUAUUGUUCUGGGGACUCCUCGAGUGGAGCUUGCGGCCUCAUAUCUGAAUUAGAGCGUUCUGAUUCCCAGUUUUACAGAGCCCGGUUGAGUACGGAAGAUUUUAAAUCAAGCUCACCCGUCAUCUUCUGUGCUGCUUCUUGGGAGGCUUCUAUAAUCGUCCAAAAAGACGAGGAUGGACUUGCAACCAAGGUCUCUAGUUUUGGUAUUGGAAACAAAGGGGAACUUGGUCAAGGAGAGCUCUUAUUUCGAUCUUCUAAGGCUCAGAUAAUCAAAGAUUUUCCUCCGAAAAAUCUUGAGAUCGUCGAUUUAGCGGCUUCCGUCAGCCAUGUUGUCGCAGUUCUGAGUAAUGGAGACGUCUAUGGAUGGGGAAGUGGGCGGAAAGGACAGUUGGGCCAGCCGGAGGGAAUCAUUUACGUUCCUCGUAAAAUUACCGGUCUUGGUUUCAAAGCCCUCCGAGCUGUCUGUGGACGCGAAUUCACAUACAUCCUCGGCGAGACUGAGAGUGGAAAACAUGCAGUUCUGGGCUCCGACAAAUGGAGUGUGAGAUCGGCGGCACCAGCUGCAGUACAUGGUUGGAAGGAUGUAGGCGCCAGCUGGGGUAGCAUCUUCGUCCUGAACAAAGAUGGGAAGUUAAUUUCAUGGGGAAGAGAUGAUCACGGACAACUGAGUCCUCUUGGACCACCAACUCUCUCACAAAUUGCUAUUGGAAGUGAGCACGCUCUGGGACUCACCAUGAACGGAAAUGUGUUGGCUUGGGGUUGGGGAGAGCAUGGAAAUUGCGGACCAGGUACAACAAAUGGAGAUGUGAAAGGGAAAUGGAAUGUGAUUGCAUCAUCUCAAUAUCUACCACCAGGGAGCAAGAUCUCGAAUAUUGGAGCUGGAUGUGCUACAAGUUGGGUGUGCAUCACUCCCUGA